AUGGAAGCUGUAAAAAAAUUAUGUACAUUUUUUCGGUCAGUUGCUUCACCAAUGGAUUUAUUUGGCUGGAAAAAACGCAUCCAAGAUCUGCCUUUAGAAAUGCUUGUUAAUAUUUUUAAGUAUCUACCACCAAGACAAACAGUUAUGUUACAGAAUGAAUGUAGAUCAUUCCGAAUCGCUGUGGCACUAAACGUUAAAGGCAUGUUAACAAAUAUAAGACUUGAAAUUAGGAAACAGGUAACUCGAUUGCAAACUAAAUUGCUGAAUAUUGUAAGAACUCACAAAAUGUUACAUCCUGGUUUGGUUAGAACAUUACUUGCUUGGCGCUGUCUUCAAAUGGAUGUUUCCCUGCUAUAUAUAUUGGUGUGGAGAUAUCGUAAUGACAUGCAUGUUUGGUGUGCUUUAUCAAAUUUCUUAGGCCCAAUUUUUGAAGAAGUCCAGAGUGAAAUGAAAGCACUGGGGGAAGAAGAAUGGAAAGGAGAAAAAAGCAAAGUUGUACAUGAGCAUUUAGAAAAUUUUUUACGGCGAUUCACUGAAGAAAUUGAGGUUCAUUUUUAUUCUUCUGAAAAAUGGACACCUUUUGAAAUCAGACUUAUUGAGCUGAUGUUCUGUUGCCCAUGUGGAAAUCUUAAAAUGCAAGUCAGAACCGAUAAGACGGGUAAUAAAAGGAUUGCAAUAUACCACGAACUGAGAGAUACUAAGGACAAUGUGUCUCUGCCAAAUGUUAAGGAACUAGAGUCAAGAGCAAAUAACGAAAGAGAAAUUCUCAAGUUCAUGAGGGAAUAUAUACGUAAGGCAAAUUUAUUUUUAAUACAUUCAAUUGUAAAAAAAAUAGAAAACUUUGGUGUUGAAGUUGAUGACUUUAUUUAUGAUCCUCUUAUGCAUGAACUUGUUGUGUUUACAACUUACGGAGAUGAAUCAUCGAUAAAGUAUUCUAAGACAUUGUUAUCUAAUGGUACAGUUGAGGAACUUUAUGAAAGGUGUUUAACAACAAAUGUAGGCCGCUGUGGUUUGACAUGCUCCUUUGAAAUCAAGAAUGUAGUAACAAUCCCUCUAAUUUUUAAUUCUUUGAAUGAAAUAUCAGAUAAAGUAACCGAAUAUGAUCCCAAUAAAGAAGUGUUGUGCUAUGCAUGCUCUCAGCCCGCAAUAGACAAUGCAUUUGCUCUUAGCAUCCUCUGUGAUUAUAACAAGAAUCGGUACAUAAAAGAGGUAUUAAUUUUGUACGAAGAAAAAAUAAAAAUAUUACAAAACAUACACUCCCCAUCUUACUAUAAUAUUCCUGUAUGA